AUGGCGGCAAUCAGUGACGAAGAAAUGGAGUCACUGCUCUCCGCAUUCGAUCAGAUCUACGAGGAUGUUAAGAACGGCAUUUCGGAGAUCCAGUUGCUCCAAUCCAAAUACAGCGCAGAGUUCAAAAUGAGGGAAUCUCUCCAAGUCGCUUGCAACACCCUCAAAAGAGAAAAUGACAAGUUGACAAAACUGUACACAGAGUCCUUAAAAAAUCUGGCAGAUCAGCUUGAUUUCCGUACAAAAUGCUUGAACUUGAAAGAAGAACUAGAAAGAGCGAGUUAUGAAGUUAUAUCUAAAGAAGACGGACACAGGAAGGCUAUGAAAUUUCUCAAGCAAGAAUAUGAAGGAAAAAUUGCAAGUUUAGAAGCUCAAGUUGAGGCAUCUCUACAUAAGGAAGCAACGUAUGAAGCAACCAUAAGCCAACUCCAUCAAGAUUUAGCAGCACAUAAAAGUCAUAUGCAAGUUCUAGCAAACAGGUUGGACCAAAUCCAUUUCGAAGUGGAAUCAAAAUAUAAUGCUGAGGUUCAGGAUUUGAAAGAAUGUCUUUCGGUUGAGCAGGAAGAGAAGAAUGAGUUAAAUAGAAAAGUCCAACAUUUGGAAAAGGAAUUGCUGAUUUGUAAAGCAAAGAUGGUUGACCAGCAGCAGGAUAUGACCUCAAAUUGGCAAGUGGAAACACUUAAGCAGAAAAUCAUGAAACUAAGAAAGGAGAACGAGGUCCUGAAAAGAAAGUUCUCUCAUUCGGAGGAAGGCAAGUAACGUUGGAAAACUCAAACUAGCAACUUUUGAGUUCAAGAAAAUACGGUAUGUGAUAUUAACGGGUAAUAUACUUCUAAUCAAUGCAACCAAGCCUGAUUAACAGUGGCUUCUAAGUUCUAAAAUUUCAGUGUAGGGAAGUGAAUAAUGAAUGAUGGG